CAGCAUCAAAGGACUUGAAGUCGUUGCAACAUCUUUCACAAUCAUCAAAUGACACAUAGCCCAACGAAGAAUCAUCAAAAAACUGUCGGCAGGCCGGUGCAUCGAUAACACAGAUCAACGGAACUCAUCUCGGAAUUUUGAGCAAGGUCAUCAUCAUUGAAUGACUUGCAGACGAAUUUCGCUGAGUCAUUUGGCAGCAACCUUGACUUUCCGACCUGCUACUGUCAAUAGAUUCAGCCCACAAAUAAAAUAUAGGAGAUUUCAAUGUCAAGGGAGACGGUGUAUGUCGUCGGUCCGUUCGCUCUCCAGUUCACCUAGAGCAACUAAGCGACAGAGACUGCACACUCCAUCUCCAAUUCGGACCGUCAAAUUUUCCGCCAUGGCUCCUGGCUUGGUGGUGGAAGAAGUUGAAGAUGUGACGCCUCUGCCUUCGAGUAUAAAAUUGACGCCUGUUGAGUUGAACAUCCAACGCAUGCUUCUUGAUGUUGCUCAAUACAUCGAUACAGAGUCACCAAACGACAAUGUUGAAGGACAAGCCAGUCUACCCAAGGAGCUUCGUGAGCAGAAGCUAUGUCUACGCAUCACUGGUGGUUGGGUGAGAGACAAGCUUUUGGGCGUACCGAGCGUUGACAUCGAUGUCGCGAUCAACAAAAUGACGGGCUUUCAAUUUGGCUUAAGAAUGAAGGAAUAUCUGGAGAUUCCGGGCAAUCUCGAAAAGUACGGCCUGGAGUCCAUCGCAGACAGCGAAAAGCUCAGUGCCAAAGCUGGCGCGACCGACAAGUCGAAGAUGGUCGGAGGCCUACACAAGAUUGAGGCGAAUCCAGAGAAAUCCAAACAUCUUGAAACGACCACUGUACGAAUCCUGGGACUCGAUAUUGACCUGGUCAAUCUUCGAAAGGAGACAUAUUCAGAUGAUAGCCGUAACCCGCAAAUGGAGUUUGGCACUCCAGAGGAAGACGCCCUACGUCGUGAUGCGACUGUCAAUGCCAUGUUCUACAACAUGAACACUCAAAAGGUCGAAGAUCUUACAGGAAAAGGCUAUGAUGACAUGCAAAAGAAGAUCCUUCGCACACCUCUAGAACCCUAUCAGACGUUCAAAGAUGAUCCUUUACGCGUACUGCGCUUGAUUCGCUUCGCCGCCCGACUUGGCUACACCAUCGAGGACGAAGCACUGGUAGCUAUGGGCAAUUCGGACAUCAAAGAUGCCCUUCACCGCAAGAUCAGCAGAGAGCGUGUGGGUACGGAGCUAGAAAAGGCUCUUAAAGGCCCGGAUCCCCAUGAGGCGCUUCGACUGAUAUUCGAAUUGGAUCUGUACGACACCAUCUUCGCCGAUCCAAGCGUUGACCGCGCAGAUCAUUACACGCCAGAUGUGACGCAUUGGCGUAUCAUCAUUGAUGCCGUACGGGAGAUGUACGAGAGCGAAGGGACUGUCUCACAGCAUCUCAUGAGAGAUAAAGAGGAGCUGUACCUUGCCUGGCAACUGGCAGCAAUGAUCCCGUAUCGUGACGCACCUCAACCUGAAGGUGAUCCAGGAAAGAAACCACCACCUCCGAUCUCGGUAGUCGUCGUUCGAGAAGGCAUCAAAGCCACGAAUAAAGUCUGUGAUGCUCUGAAUCUAUCCAUCCGGCACCAAAACGAGAUUGCGAUUUCCGUCGAUCGUCUCUAUCAACAGAAACGUCGACCUGAGAAGCAAUUCGAAGGCGAAGACUUGACAUCAAGAAGCGUCUUGGGUAUGGCGAUACGUCGAUGGGGUCCGACUUGGCGGAGUCAAGUUUUCUACGCCUUGCUGGUGGAAAUUGCAGACAGCCAGGAUGUUGAGGGGACUGAAAGGAAGUAUGGCGCUUUCAUCAAGCACAUAGAGACGCUCGAACUGCUCGAUGCCUACUCUAUAAAAUCGCUUCUCGACGGCAAGCAGCUCGCUAAAGCUCUCGCAACACCUCCUGGGCCUUGGAUGAAGGAUGCAUUGGAUGUAGUCAUGGCCUGGCAGCUCCGAAAUCCUGGACAAACCGAUCCCACCGCCGCGAUAGACGCAGUCCGGGCGCACCAAAACCAUGGCAAGUCCGCGUAACUUGACGGAUCAAGGCCGGAAGGUCAUGACCCCACAGCUUCCCCCGAAAAUCAGCCUUCAAUCACCGGACGAUAGUAUUACUAGACCUUGGAAAUAUGCUCAAGACGCUUCGGCU